AUGUUUCAAGUACUCGGGUACGGGGUUAUCGAUGAAUCACCAUUAGCGCAGCAUAAGUUUCCGGCGCAGUUUAUACCAGGCCGGACGGGAGCCGGUCUACUUAUUUUAAAUGGAUUCACUUUUUAUAUGAAGAAUCAUCAGGCACAUGGGAAGAAACAGUGGUACUGCUCAUCAAGGGACGUCCACGGGUGUCGUGCUGACGUCAUAACGUACAAAGGUAUAUACUACCUACCUUCGCAUCGUUCGGGCAGCAUGGUACUUAUAUUUAAGGACAACAAGUACUGGAUAAACAAUCGUUAUCAGAACACAAUCAACUGGACCUGCAGGGAUCGUAAGCGCCUGGGAUGCAACAGCUGUGUUCAAACAACGGUCGAGGGCCGAUACAUAAAACAUAAAGGUUUCCACAAUCACGAGGACAAUUACACGAAGUAUAAUUUCAAUGACUGAUAUACACCGUUAAGUCCGGGUUUGCCUAUAAUCACAUCUGUAGAAAGUUAUAGCGCGCCAAAAUAUUAAUAAAUGCGCCAGCGUCAAAAAAGUGCCAAUGUGCCAUUCAACCUUUUAUAAAAAGCUACUAAAUUUUCCACAUUUUUUGCGGUACGCCUUCAUAGCGUAA